AUGGAGUGCAGCAGAGGAGAACGCCUGGCCAUCACUCUGGCCAAAGACAGCAUCAACAGAAGCAGCAACCGCUCCACUACCAGCAAACUGGAGGUGGACAUUUUUGAACUGCUCCGAGACAGUGAAUACGAGAUGGGGGAGACCAUGUGCCAGAUCAUGUCCAAAGGUGUGGUGGCGGUCCUGGGCCCCUCUGCCAGUCCAGCCUCCAACUCCAUCAUCAGCAAUAUCUGUGGAGAGAAGGAGAUGCAGGUGAAGGAGCUGCGUAAGUGA